AGAUAAACGGCAUCGUGGCCUGCCAUUAUAGACCAGGAAACUCAUUGACGGCAAGCCCAUGGGAAAGUAGCUCGAGCCAUGCAAGACAGUGUCGACCUUAUUGGACGUGAGGUGGAGCGCCUCAUUACAGCCCCAUAUGCGCCCUCCCUCCAGGAUCUUUAUGACUUGGCUCAACAUACAUCUUCUGCAUCGCUCCACUCUUGGGCAUCCCAUAAAUCGUGCCAAGUGGGGGCUCUAGUUGAUGCUCUAGUAGACGGACUGUCUCGUUCCAGCCGCGCGUUGCAUUUGAUUGGUACCUUUGCAUCACUAUCCACUUUUCGCGAUGGUUUACUGGAGCGCUAUCCAUGCCUCUUCGACCAGUUUCUUCAAAAGGCUAUUGAGGAUGAUGGAGCUGAGUAUAUACUCGUGUGCACUGUGAUCUUAUCGUCUCCUCUUCCGGCUGAUUUCACUCCACCUGCGCGUCUUGCACCUUUCUUAAUGAAAUUAAUCGGUACAAUGGGAGACAACCCAUGUGCGGAAAGAAUCCUCCCCAUCUACAAGAUCAUGACUGGCUUGCAGGCAUCGCCAAGGAUUCUCCACAGCAUCCCCUUGGAAAUCAUGUCUAGCCUUCAAACGGAGCUCACAAGAACGUUGCGCAAUCUGGACGAUCAUAUGGGGAAUCUUCUCUGCCUCGCUACAUUUGCCCGUAUUGCAUCUUCUCAAAAGGCAUAUACAGGGGAUGAGUGCGGACAGCAGGUUCCAGUUUGGUUACAGAAUGUUAAACACUUCUUUGGUGCAAGACGGGGCCUGAAAACUCUGGACCUAGUUGUCCUGCGUGUAAUCCUUGCUUGCUCGACCAGUUGCAAAAGCCUGAUAGCUGAUCAAGCUGCCGAAAGCAUCAAACUAGGAACAGAGAUUUCCGCGACCGUUGAGAAGGCUCAGAAGGUGUCUUGGAUUCAGGCCAACUCGUCCAAGAUUGCCAAGCUUUGCGAGAAAGUAACGAAAGGCAGUAUUGAUCCUGACGUGCAAAUCCUGGGUAUCACAUUCUUAAUCUCCCUCCUGCCAGCUGCUGCCGUACCAUCCGGUUUACCUGAGGUUACUUUGCACUGGCUCUUGUCGGAGAAUAGCACACGCGUCCUGGCGGUGUUACCACAGGAGUAUAUCUCACGACUUGCAGAGGCAAAUAUCCUCUGCCCAGGGCAGUCUGCGAUAUGUAGAAUUAUGGAUUACGUGAUUGCCGCAUUGAACCCGAAGCGUUCUGCAGACACUGAAAAUGCGGACACUAUCCAAGUGGCACGAUCACUUGUGGUCGGGUUGCAAAAUGUGAUCUCACAAGGUUUCAGUUCUACAGAAGCAGAAGCUAUUUUGACACGUCUUAAGGGAUCUAUCGGUGAACUAAUCGAAAGCUUCCCAAGACGACCUCAUUUACCCUCGUGCCAUGGUUCCACUAUAUGCUAUACGUCCAUUUCGGAAUCGGAAAAUGAGUUGCUUCAUAAGUUAUUCUCACUGUAUUUCCAGGCUUCUCUUUCGUCAAGCCCAGACCAAGAAACUUCUUGUACGGCUCACACUAAUUCAUUCCGGGUGUUUAUGACUAAAUCUAGAAAGUCUAUGUUGCACAAUCGCUGCUCAUUUUCCGAUAUCAAGCCACUCGAUCUUCGAGAAACUUUCUCAUCGCUGACGAUCCGGGAUAAGCGUCCUAGUUCAAGAACUGAUUGGAGAGCUGGAUUGACUGAAAUGAUCAUGGUAGGCGCACGCAUGUCUCACGACAACAUGAUGCAAAAGGUUGAGGAGAUAUGUUACGAUCUGGAGCGUCGUUGUGGUAGUAUCGAGGCUCCACUAAAAGCGGUCGAAGAAGAGCGACACAAGAUCUCGCUCGAGGCAGAGGAAGUGAAACGCCACAAUAGCGAGUUGGAGUCACAGUUACAGCGAGCAUCUGGCACAGUUGCUGAGCUUCAACAAAGCAUGUCUCAUCUUGAGGUCCAUGCUGAAGCUGCAUCCGCUCGCAUUGAGGAGUUAACAGCAGGCCUUGAUGCGGCACAAAGUCAACUAGAAGAUCAGCGGCGUGACUCCCAGGAGGCUGCCAACCGGGACCGGGAGAACGCAAGAACUAGGGAGCUAGACUUAAUUGCUUCUGUGGCCGAGAAAGAAGAGCAGCUAGAACAGCUACAGGAAGAAGUCCUUCGACAGAAGGAAGAGAACGGUCAACUCCGGCAGGCACUUGACACUAUCUCAAAUGAGAGAGAUGUCGCCAUCGAUCUUAAUGCUAUAUUGGAACAGGACAUAUCGAAGCUUCGUGAAUGUGCAAAGGAAAAUCAGUUGCUCUUAACAAGAAAGGACGAGGAGAUUGACCGACUACUAGCCGCUAAGGAAGAUAUAGAAGCCUUGAUGGAAACCUUACAGGGCAAGUUAAACGAAGAGGUUUCGGAAUCCGAUAAUACCAGAUGCGCCCUGCGCGAAGCGGAAGUGAAUUUCAAAACAGAGAUGGCUACACUUAGAGAGCAUUUCGAGCUGCAGUUGUCUGAAAAUUCUGCAGAGUGCGCAAAACAGAAAGAGGAGAUUGUAUCUUUACAAGCUAUCAUGCAUGCUGCCGCCUCUACUGCCAGUAAGGAGCUGCAAACAAAAGAAAAGAGGCUGCAGUAUUUGGAGAAGAAGGUCCAACUUCUACGGGACGAGCGAGCAGCUAAAGCGCGUGAAUUUUCAGAAGCCCAGCAACACAUCAGCCGACUGAUGACAGUAAUGGGCUGGAAGCCAGACUCUGAAAAUACGAAAACAUCAGGCAAACAACCGCGGCCCAGACCAACAUUGGGGCCGUCGCAAGCGGCAACGAUACAGCGGCAGACGCGUUCAGGGGAUGAACAUUCACAGCAAGCCGAUGAGAUUCUUGCCGCGUCCUUCGAAUCUGAUACGUCUCAUCUUGGCGAGCGUAGUCCGAAGAGGUCUAGGAAUACCGCUUUCCCCGUCGCUGAAUUACCUGUAGGUCCCCAUGGUGUUACAGACAAGAAAUCGAGACAUUCGGUUUGCCGGAGAGGUAGUACAAGACAGCAACGCGAGCGAAUGGCGCUCGGGGACACGGAUCAAAAUAGCCAGCCCAGUUCCCAAGAAAGCAGGAAAUCGAACUCCCUCCAACGACGGGGUUCUUUCAAAGACGGCCAACAUUAUAAUGCUACUAACAAGAACCGUCUCCAGGAUAUAGACCUAGAUAUGGACCUUGAGCUCUCCAAGGAUUUCAUUUUCACCAGUACUUCUCUUUCCCAGGCGAAUGAUGAAGGCAACCCUUCGCCAGGGACCCAGUGUUGA